UUGUAGGUGUAACAUACUCUUACAAACUCGGAAGUCCGUGCUAGAAAGAUAUCGAAGUUAUUUUAUAUUGUAGCUGAAAGAAAUACUAUACAUGUAUAUUAUAAAGCCUGAUCAUGGAUUAUGAAAAUGAAUUUUUAAUUAAAAAGCUGAAUGAACAAAACUUCAACUCUAACAGCUAUGUUCAAGAGUUGACUUUAAAUAGCCUUGGUGUGGAUGGUUUAUUAGUAAAAAGACAAUUGGUGCAAUCCCUGGCUGAAGAAACUAAUGGUUUAUUGAAGAAAAAUGUGUAUAAAAAUUAUACGCAAUUUAUUGAAACAGCAAAGGAAAUCUCUUAUCUGGAAAGUGAGAUGUACCAGUUGAGUCAUAUGCUUACAGAACAACAAACAAUUCUCAGUACCCUUAUGGACAUCUCCAUCACUGGAGAAAAAGUGGGAAGUAAAUCUGAAGUUCAAUCAGACAAGAAGGAGGAAGAAAGCAGAAAGAAUUUGUCUUCACUUCUAGAAAAAGUGGAAGGCUGCGCUCUUCAUAUUUGUGUUUUAAAGUAUUUUUGUUUUUUCAGAAGAGGCCCAGCGCAAUAUAGGUUUCAAGUAUUUUAUGAACUAGACAAUCUAGCCAUAGUUAAUGUGAAGGAAGAUCCAAUGUUGAAGAACGUCUUCAAGAUACUGAUGUUUCCAGACACAAGACUGUUUCAGUGUGACACUGCUGCAGCCAAGGUGAGGAUUCAGUCAUUUGAAGAUGAAGAGUCUGAAGAAGGUUACCAGGUGGAGAGGGAGGAAGUAAUUCCAGAUUGGUUAGUUGAACUUCCAGAAAAUUUGGAUGUAUGUAUUGCUCAGCGGGAUUUUGAAGAAGCUGUUAACCUUGUCAAAAAAGGAAAUGAACAUUUCUUGGAACUAACUAAACAUGCAGUUGUGAAAGAAAUCAGAACAAGAAUAGAGAGGAGGAUAAAGAACCUUGUAGAUGUGCUCAUGAAUGAACUUCGGGUGAGCCCAGAUCGGUCUCUUCAAGGUGGACCUAGAGCUGCCCGUAGAGCUGUUGGCUUACUUAUCAAACUAGGAAAGUCAUCACAGGCUUGCAACCUGUUUUUGAAACAUCGCAGUGCUAUCUUAAAGCAUUCAAUGAAACAGAAAAAAAUGGAAGGUGCUACUGUUCCUUUUAUUAAGCGGCUUAGCUCAGUCUUUUUCAACAACAUGAUGGAAACAGGUCGAGAAUUUAAUAGAGCUUUUUCAAACAGCAAUAGCUGUGCCUCAGCAUAUGUGGUGUGGUCAAGAAAACAGCUUCAACAAUUUGUACAAACAUUUUCUCGACAUGUGUUCACCACUCAAGUCUCCCUUCGAACUGCUGCUGAAUGUGUUGCAUUAGUCAAAGGACACUGUGACCAGCUUGUUGAGAUUGGACUGGACAUUCUAUUUGACUUGAGCAACCUUCUACAGGCUGAUGUUGAAAGAGUAAUUACAGAAAGUCGGGAUAAAAUGUUGGAAGCAAUCAAACUAAGAGCAGCAGAAGACAAGUGGCGUCCCCAGAAUCAUCAAAACAAGGCUGGAAUUUCCAAGUUUGUUGAAGAUAUGACAGAAAUUGGUAUUGCAAGCAUUCAUAGAUAUAUAUAUGAUGAAUGCUGGGUAGCACUGACAAGCAACACGACGGUGUUCAGUAAAUCCUACUUAAAUUUUCUUGAUGAUUUGUUGAAGUUACAUACACUUACUUCAAACAAACUGAUUGUAGAUUCCUUAGUGGUCACUUUCAGGGCACAACUACGGCAUGUGGAAGCUUCACUUAAUAGUGAAAUUUUUAAAUCUGACGUAAAGUUUAUUCAGAAGAAUGCUAAUUUUUUGCUUGAAACACUGUUGACCUUAGCAGAACAUCGUUUUGAAGAGAAACUUGGAUUUGGUUCCCCUCAACUUUCAGAACUUCAUAUUGAACUUCCUCGACUAAUUAGUGGGACUUCUGAGAGCAGUGCAUCAGGGAAGUCUUCUGUAACCAAAUAUUCAUCUGUAGCAUAUUUGUAACUUCAUUCUCUGUUUUUGUUAAACUGUUAUUGUAUAAAUACCAUGUUAUAUUUACUAGAACAAAAAACACUUCUGAUAAAGUCCAGAAGUCAUCAUAUUAUAUUGUCGGAAUUUAUACGUGAAGUUGUUUUCAUUUAUUUAAUAUAACAUCUAUAUCUAUCAGUCUAAUUUCAAUUUUUGUAAAUAUUUAAAGCUAAAUUAUCAAACACCUACUAAUACUGAGCAGUGCAAGUAUGUAAGGGUUACUUUUUUUAUCUUAAGGAAGAAGCAUGAAUUAUUGAAAAUAUAAGAUCAGAGUUGUUCUGUAUCUAUUCUCAUGACAAAAUGCCAUAAUAUGAUGAUGUGGUAGUAGAAUGUUGGUUUAACCAAUCGGCUAGAUGUUCACAUAGGACAAAACGUAAUUUUUAACAUUAAUAUCAUCAAUAUGAACAGCAGAACAAAUUCAAAAAUGCAUUCAAUAAAUAACUGGUUUGAAAAUAUUUAAGAUACUUAAAUUUAUUCCUACCCCAUAUGCCUUUAGUUAUUUGAGAAAUGCCAAGAUGUGGUAAACUUUAAAAGGUACAGAAUGUUUACAAUAUAGUGGUGGAUGGGAAGUUGAAACUGAUUUAGACUUGAUAAUUUUAAUUUUUUUCAUCACUUUAGAUAUAUUUGCUUAGAGUAGUUAUAAGUUCUUUCAAAAUAUUAUGCAAUCGUUGAAGUUGUUGCUAAUAAAUGAAUUGCAGAAAAUAGUUGUUUAAUUUUAGGCUGAACAACAAAAGGUUAAGAAAUAACAGAUGGAAUUAACUUGCAGUAGAUUAUAGUUUAAGAUACGGCUAGAUCGAGGCCUGCGAGAUUACUAACAGGCCUACGUGUAUCAGAUUUCUGACAUCACAGCCGUAAUACAACUAAAAAGUGCAUUGACUAUUUGUUUACCAGUAUUUAAACAGAUUUUUUUAAUAUUUAAAGUUAGAGAUUGUUAUAUGUGGAUGCCAGCUUCUUUUAAUAGUAAUUGACGUAGUUUUAAAGAUAAAAAGUUAGUGUAUUUUUCUCUCUGUUACCAUGUACACAAUAAUAAAAAUAUUAUGAAUAAAAUCAGGAACAAGUGGAAUCUACUUAGUUGUGCUAAUAUGUAAGGUGUGAAAAGUAUAGCAAACUUUAGUGUGAUUUACACUUUCACUCUUUGAUGUAUAUCUUCCAGAUAGAAAAUGUUAUUAAGUAUAUUAAGACACAUGGAAAUCCAUGAUUUUUUAAUGUAGCUAAACCUUAGGCAUUUGAAGCAAUGAUAACAUUUUUUCUUUUGUAUUUUCUAUAUAAUUGUCCUUAACCUUACAGUAGUUUUUUUAACAGAAUCUUUGCCAUCAUUUUGACUUUUUUUUUCUUUCUACUAGUUUCUGAGGAAUCACACCACGAUGAUAAUUAAUAUUAUCAACAGAUUCCUCCUUUUCCACCU